AUGGGAUGGAGCAAAAGGGGUGCUGGACGAAGCUAUGACAGCUUGAAUGGUUUCGGAGCGAUCAUUGGAGUUAAGACUGGCCUUAUUCUUGACUAUGCUACUUGUAAUCGUAAAUGCAAGAAAUGCGAUUUGGGACACGAUUCACGGGACCAUGAUUGUCGGAAAAAUUUUUGGGGAUCCGCUAAAUCUAUGGAACCGCACGUCGCUAAAAAUCUUGUUAACAGUAGCAAAAUUUUGAAAUCGCACAAUAUCGAGGUUGGGGUUUUGGUAGGUGAUGACGACAGCUCUACGAUAGCAGCUUGCCGAGCUACGAGCGAACACCCCAUCGUAAAAUUCUCGGACAUAAAUCACGCUUCCGGUGGUGUUACGAAAGAAUUAUACAAAAUAAACAACAACCACAAAUGCAAAGAAUUAACAAAAGAUGGAAUCACAUAUCUACACCGUUGCUUUAAAUAUGCCAUGACGACUAACAAAGGAGACAGUGUAGCUAUGGCUCGAGAUAUCCAGUGCAUACCCUACCACGCUUUCAACGACCAUAGCAAAUGCGGACCGUGGUGUGGAUUUCAUAGAGAUCCUGAAAAUUACGAUCACACAAUCAUUCCAGGGGGUUUCCACGACGUACAAUUAUUCGAAGCUUUGAAAAAUAUUUUUGACCGAUUGGCAGCUAACGCUCAGAAAUUUUCCGCUGCUGCUUCCAGUAACGUAAAUGAAAGUCUGAAUGCGAGUAUGGCCAGCAAAGCACCGAAGUCAAGGUGUUAUAGCUUAACUGCUUCAUCGGAUUACCGUUUUGCCAGCGCAGUUGCACAAAAGAAUGAAGGCCCCAAAUUUAUCGAAAAAGUUCUGAAGUCUUCAUCUAUGUCGCCCGGAAAACACUGUCAACGAUAUCUGAAAAAAUUGGAAAAGACGCGAGACGAAACGCGUAGACGAAUGCGUACACUGGAAUUUAAAAAAAGACGACUUAAUUUAAAGAAGAUAAGAACAGCACUGCGCCACAGAACAGAAGAUCGAGAAGGUUUAACAUAUGAAACAAAUUGUACUCUCUUGGAUGCACCUGGUGAAAACGUUGAUAACAAUAUUUUACUCGAAGAUGCCGUUUUCGAGAUUGAAGGUGAACUACAAUCCUCUAUAGUUCUGCUCGAUUUGGAAACUUCGGGUCUCCGUACGGACUGUGAUAUUCUGCAAAUUGCAGCAAGAUGUGAUAAAUACACUUUUUCAACAUAUGUCAAACCACGGCAGCCGAUAUCGGCAAGCGCAACUGCAGCUAAUGGUCUCACUAGUUGUCAAGGAGAACUUAUGUAUCAAGGAUUGAUUGUUGAUUCGAUUUCUCUCAAGCAAGCAAUGGUUAAUUUACGACAAUGGUUAGCAUCACGCGUCCAGCCGUGCUAUAUUGCAACCCACAAUCUUGCAUUUGAUGGGCCCAGGCUUUAUAAUGCAAUUAUGAAGUCCAUGUUGAAUGAUGAUUUUCAAAAAGUUGUCGGUGGUUUUGUCGACACGCUUACCGUGAUUAGAAGACUCACAGGUAGAAAACGCAAGGGUGAAUGCACCAUCGCUGGUUUGGCAGAGUGGCAAAAUAUUUCAGCCAUUGGGGCUCAUAAUGCAGAAAACGACGUGAACAUUCUCGCAAGAAUCCUACAUUCCUUGAAUAUUACCAAAGAAAAUCUUAUCGAGAGUGCAAAGACGUGGGAAGAACAAACGCAUAUUUGGGCAAAAGAUCGAGAUGCCAAAGCUUACCUGACGGAUUUGACUCCUUUAAAAAAUGUUGUUGGCGAAGUUAUUCGGAAAAAAAUGGCCUACGCUUCAGUGACGAUCAAUUCCUUACUAAAUGCAUAUCGUGAAGCAGGUCCAGAUCGAAUUGCUGAGCUUAUGAGUAGCAAAAUAAACCACCCAUAA